CCGCGCAUGAAAUUGAUAUUUGAGGGAUGAACAACUUUACUGAAACGUUCUUUUGCAACCGCUUUUAUUGAAGCCAUGCUAGCAAUAUGAUGGCAAUCUAGUUGCUUUCUGUUCUCCAAAAGCUCGUCGACCAAUACGUAGUAUUCUGAAAGUCAGUCGCCUACAGUCAAGAAUGACUGGUAAAUUAUCAUCGGAGCCCUUAGCUCCAGAGAUUUACAUCUCAUUUGAGCCUGUGACUGCCACCUUGCAAUACAUCGUCGCGGAUCCAAAAACUGGUGAAGCAGCAAUUAUUGACUCAGUAUUGGAUUUCGACCCUGCAACCAACCGUCUCAGCACUAAUUCGGCAGAUGCUCUACUCUCUACAGUUGUACAUAAUGGCUUAAAGCCUACUUUCAUCAUGGAAACUCAUGCACACGCAGACCAUCUCACUGCCGCCCGAUAUCUCCAACAGAAGCUCGUUGAGCUAGGGCAUCCCAAACCAAAGAUAUCAGCUGGAAAGCGCAUCACACAAGUCCAAGCGACAUUCGCCAGCCGAUACGGUAUCAGCAAGGAUGAACUCGAAAACAUCUUUGACCAACUUUGGGACGACAACCAGAAAUUCAAAAUUGGACUCCUCGACUGCGAGGUCCUUCAUCUUCCUGGCCAUACACCAGACCAUGUCGGAUACAGGAUCGAGCAAUAUGUCUUUACAGGCGACUCUAUCUUCAACCCAGAUGUCGGGUCUGCAAGAGCAGACUUUUCUGGUGGUUCAGCAACGCAGCUGUACAAGUCUGCGAGAAUCCUGCUGGAUCUGCCUGAUCAUUACCGCUUGUAUACUGGUCAUGACUACCCUCCUUCUGACAGGGAAGUGAACGAGAAUGGAGAAAGGUUUCGAGCUUUUUCUACUGUUGGAGAACAACGCCGUGAGAAUAAGCACGUCAAGAGUGGUGUCGAUGAGGAGACUUUUGUGAAGUGGAGGAGGGAGAGGGAUGCUACACUUGGUGAGCCGAAACUACUUCACCAGGCGUUGCAAUUCAAUAUCCGUGGAGGAAGGUUGCCAAAGAUGAGCGAAAGAGGAGACAGACUCCUACUUGUGCCUUUAAAAGUUGACAGUGAGCUCCUGAAAAUUAUGUAGGGACCAAAAUUGUAGGGUUUGAAUGUGGUAAAGGUGCUUUCAAGACACUUUGGAGGACUGUCUCGAUCAAGGUUUCUCGAGUCUUUGAUUGAAUGAAUUUUGAUUUUGAAUGUCUUUAGCGUUCUCAAAUGACAGCAACAAUGUAGAGAUUUUUUUUGGCGGUUGCGAGCCUAU